AUGACCAAUUUCAACAUCAAGAUCGUCUCCGAUGCAAUCUGCCCAUGGUGCUACUUGGGCAAAAAACGCCUGGAGCGCGCCAUCGAGCUAUAUAAAAAAGACGUCCCGGGCGGCGCCAACGACACCUUCACCAUCUCCUGGCACCCCUUCUACCUCGACCCAACCCUCCCCAAAACCGGCAUCGACCGCAACGUGCACCUGGCCAAAAAGUUUGGCCCCGAGCGCAUGGCGAUGGCGACAGCCCACCUCAAAGCCCUAGGCGAAGCCGAGGGCAUCAAGUUCUCCCUGCAGGGUAAGAUCGGCAACACGCGCGACGCGCACCGGCUUGUGCAGCUGGCCAAGACGAAGUCGAGCGAGACGGAGAGUCGGUUGAUUUCGACGCUGUUUAAAGCGCAUUUUGAGGAGGAUGCGGAUAUCACAUCGUCAGAUGUUCUGGUUUCGAUUGGGGAGAAGGCGGGACUGGAUAGGACUGAAGUGAGGGAGUGGCUUGAUCAGGGGAAGGGCGGCCUAGAGGUUGACAGGGAGGUUGAGGAGGCGUAUGAGAAGGGCAUUAGUGGAGUGCCCAACUUUACGAUUAAUGGCCGGUAUGAGAUCCAGGGCGCGCAGGACGCGCAGAAGUUCCUGGAGGUGUUUCAGCGCGUCAAGAAGGCUGAGUCGGCGGUUAGCACGUCUGCUGAAGGGGUUUCCUGCUAG